GAGUUCAUUUAGCAUGAAUUUAAUUACUCCACAUUUUACCUCUACUUAAGGAGGCCAAGGCUAGCAUUGAAGAAGUUAGGAACAAAAGGUUAGUAUAGGUUGUUAUCCUUAGUGUUGCUGGUUUUUAACUUUCCCAUCAUUCCUAUUAGCCUCUGCCCAAAAUCCUCCAUUGAACUUACAAAAACUCUAUCUAAAUUGAGAGUUAUGGCCCCAGAAGUGCCUGGAGAUGUGUUUUCAGGUUCAGGGAAGGUCUCCACGCUUAACACAGGCUACUCCAAGAGGGCCUAUGUGACAUUUUUAGCUGGUAAUGGGGAUUAUGUCAAAGGGGUGGUCGGAUUGGCUAAGGGUUUACGCAAGGUGAAGAGUGCAUACCCCCUUGUGGUUGCAAUCUUGGCUGAUGUGCCAGAGGAACACCGCCAAAUAUUGAGGUCUCAAGGCUGCAUAGUUCGUGAGAUUGAGCCUAUUUAUCCUCCUGAAAACCAGAUUCAGUUUGCCAUGGCCUACUAUGUCAUCAACUAUUCCAAGCUCCGGAUAUGGAAUUUUGAGGAGUACAGCAAGAUGAUGUAUUUGGAUGCGGAUAUUCAAGUGUUCGAGAAUAUAGACCAUCUGUUCGACACACCAGAUGGCUACUUCUAUGCAGUGAUGGAUUGCUUCUGUGAGAAAACAUGGAGCUACUCCCUUCAACACUCCAUUGGUUACUGCCAGCAGCGACCUGAUAGGGUCCCAUGGCCUGCAGAGAUGGGCUCUCCUCCUCCCUUGUACUUCAACGCUGGUAUGUUCGUUUUCGAGCCUAGCCGUUUGACCUACGACAAUCUUCUUCACACUCUCAAGAUCACCCCUCCAACACCCUUUGCAGAGCAAGAUUUCUUGAAUAUGUUCUUCGAGAAGACUUACAAGCCACUUCCUCUGGUUUACAACCUGGUUUUAGCCAUGUUGUGGCGCCAUCCUGAGAACGUGGAGGUGGAAAAGGUGAAGGUGGCCCAUUACUGUGCUGCCGGUUCAAAGCCGUGGAGGUAUACUGGGAAGGAAGCUAACAUGGACAGGGAGGACAUCAAGAUGCUAGUGAAAAAAUGGUGGGAUAUAUACAACGACAAGUCGCUUGAUUUGAAGCAUGAAAACUCAGUAGCAGCAGAAGAAGAAACUUUCUCGAGGAAAUCCAUUAUGGCAUCCAUGCCUGAGCCUACCAUUUCCUACCUCUCUGCCCCUUCUGCUGCUUGAAUAAUAAAUAUAUAUCAUUGGCCAUGGCCCUUGAGAGAAUAUAUUAAAGUUUGGUUACACCUUUAAUUUUUCUUUUUUGGAGGCUACAUGGCCUUUUUUUCCCCUUGUGUGACCCAACUUCACACAAAAUACUUAUAAAGUGUGGACAAAAGAAUGUGUAACUUUGGCCUCUGAAUAUAUAUUUGAGCAACUUUUUC